CUCACUGAGGCAUUUCCUCAACUGAGGCUCCUUUCUCUGAUGACUCUAGCUUGUGUCAAAUUGACAGACAAAACCCAGCCAGUGCAGCAGCUAAGUCAUAUGUGGGACCCAGAGUCUGUCUGCCCCAAGACUGUUUUAGUUUAGAGUAGGGAAACCACCAUCUGGGUCAUAAGAUGUGGCACUUAGGAAGAGAUGCGUAGCAGGGUCCCUGAUAUGGGGGUUAAUGUGACUGCUGUCAUCUCCUUUAAAGUUAAUUGUCUAUACUUGAAUAAAUGCCGUUUUUUUUUUUUUAAGCAUCUUUACAGAAGCCCUGCUGGGCUCCACCUUCUUGUUUAGGUGUUCAUAUUAAUCCUACUUCAUAGAUGAGUACAUGGAGGCCCUGGUUUACUCUAAGUUGCAUGGGCCCCACCCCCGAGAGCCUGUAAAUCAGACUGGGCUACAUGCUUGUGCUUGCUGGCCCAAGAAGGAAAGGAAUGUUGGUGUGUGUGCUACUCCAGCUGGCACCUUUACCCUCCUUACCCACCUUAGCCAUCUAAUAAGGAAAUGCGGUGCUGGUGGGAAAUGUCAGCUGUGAUGACCUCAGGCUGCAUCUGCUGGGUGACUUCCCCUCGCGGAGGGCUUGCUCUGUUUCGUUCCCGGUCCCAUACAGAUUUGGGGGGAGGGGGAGGGUCUUCCUGGUGGUGUCUGUGGCAUUUGGGACCUUUGCCUUUUCCCUCUCGUGUUGGGGAAGGAUUUUCUGCUUCAGAUCUUAGGUGCUUGUCCUCCUCUUCGCCCCUUGGAGGAGGCUGAGACCCUAAGGAGGUAGGGAGCCCGGACUUAAACUCCGAUCCUGUGGUGUGUUCUCUUUUCCGUCCUGCACCGCUGAACCCCAGGAGGGUGAAGGCGCUGGAAGGCGCAGAGCAGCCUUUGCCCUCUUCGGCGCACACCAGCUUGGAAAGGAAGCCCCGCUGAGCUUCCUGUCAAGAGGAAAGACUUGAUCGGUCAAGCAAAGCCAGCCAGUAAAAUGACACGUGAGCAGGAGAGUUUUGGAACCUGCAUUUCCCUGUUUACUCCUGCCCCCUAGAGGAGAGAGUACGCCAUAGCAAGAGAAAGGAGCCUUUUGGAAUGAGAGAGCCAGGGGACUGUGCCGCCGUUACCCGGGAGACGCCAGCCCUGGCCGCGCUAACAAGCUGCGUUCCGUCGCCAGUUAAAAACCCAAUUACCAGUGAAAAGCGGGAAAAGGAUGUUUAUUCAGUGUGGCCACAUUGGGAAGAAGAGCAAACAGAAUAUCUACAAGAGACCUUCACUUCCCUGGGCUAUCAUGUCAAGGCUUUCUUGUUUCCCAGAGCGGAUGAUAUAAGCCAUAUUCUUCACCGAUGUGCCCUUCUACCUACACACAAAGACUAUGACAGCUUCGUAUGUGUUCUAGUGAGCCGAGGAGGCUCCCAAAGCAUGAUGGGCGUGGACCAGGCUCACUCGGGGUUCUCCUUGGAUUGUGUCAAGAGGAUGUUCAUGGGGGACAUGUGCCCUUCCCUAGUAGGGAAACCAAAGCUCUUCUUUAUUCAGAACUAUGAGGUGUUAGGCGGCCCGUCGGAAGACAGCAGCCUGGAGGUCGACGGGCCGGCAGUAAAAGACUUGGACGCCAAGGCCCUGCAUCCUGACUCCUGCCUGACUCACAGGGAAGCUGACAUCUUCUGGAGCCUGUGCACGGCGGAUGUGUCCCAGCUGGAGCAGCCCUCUAGCUCCUCCUCCAUGUACCUGUGGAACCUCUCCCAGCAGCUGAAGCAAGAAAGGAAACGCCCACUCGUGGAUCUCCACGUUGAACUCAUGGACAAAGUGUAUGCCUGGAACAGCGGAGUCUCUUCUAAGGAGAAAUACUAUCUGAGCCUGCAGCACACUCUGCGAAAGAAACUCACUUUGUCUUCUACAUGACAACCAGAAGCCUUCCGGGUUCUUGGGGUGUAUGUAGGCCAGGGUGGCGUGGAGCCGACAAGCCUCUUGAUUGCUUGGGAAGGUCACACUUGCUCUGGUUCUAGGGCAAGCCCUGCUUCCUGGUUCUGUAAACGGGCAGCAGCCAUAACCCCUGCUGCGGUGGACCAUGCCGCUCCUGCCACCAUGCCUCCCCAAUAUGAUGCAAAGUAAAUCUCUCCUCCUUAAGUUCCUGUGUCAGAUGUUUCGACACAGUGUGGAGAAUGAAUGGUAAGAUAUAAUCCCAUUGCUUCUUGGGUUUAUCUACCAAGAUAUGCUAAGUUAUUGGAAGGGUGAUAGUCUAUGGUUCAAGAUUUGAACUAUGACACUUGAAUGUAACUUAAGGAGGAGAAUUACCUGAAUUCGUCAUCCGACUGGGUAAAUUGUUUCUGUGUCUGGAGUGUCUGCAUCUACUCAUUUGUUAAUUUAUUAGCUAAUGAAGUUAUAGAAGUAUCUAUUGCUUCAUGAACCCGGGCUUUCUGGUCCUGUUGCUUUUGAACUUGCACAUUUGUCUUGAAUGUUUGUGAGCUGGCUUCACAUGUAUGUUAUUUUUUCAAAAACAGAUUUUAUUGUGUAUGUUUAAAAUGUAUAACCCGAGGCUCUGGAAUGCCAUGGCCAGUGGGGUCCUCAACGGGGACCUGAAGGGAGGGCUGGCGAAUGAGAGGGACAAGAGACACAAAGAAUGAGAGCAAGACAGGACGUCUGGUCAAGCUCCAGAAUUUUAUUUAUUUUUUCUUAAGGCAUAUAUAGGUAGGUAAAGGGGGGUGCAAGCAGGAAGGGACUUAAUUAUGGGCUGUUUGGCCAGCAGGAAAUGUUGCUCUGGGGGUUUUCUAUCUACUCUUGCCUAAGUGCCUAAUUGCUUAACAACUGCAGCUUGUUCACCUGAUAUCUGAGAAGAGGUUCUGGUAUCUGUGAGAAGAGGUUCUGGUGCUAUGGAGACUUAAGCAAGGCCUAGAUCUAGGAAAAGAGGAGAGAAGCCCAAAUAUGGCGGCAUGUGUGUCAAGGGUCGCUUAGGCUUAUGACUCCCGUCACUGGAACACAUGUAGAUAGAAAAAUGGCUACCACAGUAACGAUUUAACUUGUCUAUAAUUUCAUAUUGUUAA